GACCUCAUUUUGACCUCAAAAUCGGACGUGAUAAGAAUAAUUUAGUUUACUUUUUUGUUUGUUUUUAUUCGAUUCUCUCGUAAAGUUUAAGUGUUUUUAAUUAAUAAUAAUGAUACCUUGAAGUAAGAGUCCAAUGGGUAGAAAAAAGAAAAGCUUACUAGAAGUUUCUGACAAAACAUUUAAGCAACGCAUCGCCAAAUUGAAAAUUGGAAAGAAAAAACUGUUGAACCUAAUGCCUACAACCUACACCAUGCCUUCAACUUCUUAUAAACAAAUUGAAUUUGUUUCAGAUUCAAUUGACACUUUGCAGGCAAGUACGCAGACUGCAUCGAUGGCGUCAGAUACAAAUAAGACUGUGGGAUUGAAUAUAAGCGAAAUAAAUAAAAAACUUCAAAUCAUAAAAGACGACCUCAAGACCAUUAAAGAAUCCCAACAAACAAUUCUUUUUAAAUUCAAUGAUCUCAAGAAGGAAUUUAAAAAUCUUUCUUCAGCAUUACGUUCUCACGAUUCUUCAUUAUUAUUACCAGAAACAGAAGACACAUCCUUUGUUCCCGAACCCAUCAACAGCAUGGAACGGUUGAAUGAUCUCGAACGCAGACUUAUAAAUUAUAAUAAGAAUCCAUCGCUCGAUAAUGAUUUUGUUAUCUUAAGAAAUAAACUGAUUAAUUAUUAUUCGAAAAAAAUUUAUAAUCAAGAUGCUAGAACCAACCCAAAGAAUGGAUUGGCUUCAUCUUUAAUGAAAAUUUACUUCAGCGAAGAUUUUCGCAAAAACAUCGGGUGGACUGAUCACAAAGAUCGCAUCCCUUUCAAAAAAUAUUGUGGUCAUAUUAUGCUUGUUCGUGAUAUCGUAAACAAGAAAGCAGUUGGAACUUAUUCAGGCUACGAGGAAGCUGCAAAAGCUGUUUACAAUUUUCAGCGAAGAUAUCAUGAAAGUGCAAAUGCCUUUAAGCGCAUGCGCAAAACUGAACAUGAUCAACGAUCAUAUGACGACUCCUUAAUUAAUUUCCUUUAAUUUUUUUUUCACGCUUACAUUUAUGUCACAGAGGAAAAUUAAUAUUCAAACCUUGAUUCAAACUACAAAUAAAUGAAAUAAUAUCUAAUCCUCUCAAAAUUACAGAUUUGUUUUAUUAAUCCAGCUUAUUAAAAAGCACGAAACAUUCAAUAAAAUCGCUUCUUCAUUUCCAUUGAAUGGUGACUUAUAAAACAACCGAAUGGAAUUUGAAAUUGAAUGAAAAAAUUUUUGUAAAGAAUUUCAGUGAAUAUUUUAAAAGAAAAUCGAUU